GGGGAAGUGUUUGUGAGGUCUCUCUGGGGGAGUUGUGUUGGGAAUCAGGUCUACCGGGUUAGGAUCGGGCACAGAGGAGAACAACCAAACACAGGAUGAGGACGGUGGUGCUGCUCGUUCUGGCCUUUACCUCUGCCAUGGCAAUUAGACAAAGAAGUGAUUUCACACGUUACCGAUCAUGGAACUCUCGGAUGUAUCCGGUGUGGCAAGAUGGAGAUCCAAGAUUCAGAAACUGUUGGUUUGGAGGUGAGGUGACCUUUGAUCUGAAGAACGACGCGCCCACCCUGACAGGAGCAAAGGCAACCUUCUCUAUCAAUCUCAAUUUCCCACCUAACCAAACAGCGCUGCCUGAUGGACAGGUGGUGUGGGCCCGUAACUGCACCAUCAACGGACGCGAGUAUCGGGAGGGUCAGGCUGUGUAUCAAAACCAGAAUCCGGAGUUGACUGGAGUUUUUCCUGACGGCACACCUUUCUCUGGGAGACAGAACAAGAAACCUCGCUAUGUGUUUGUGUGGAAGACAUGGGGACGUUACUGGCAGGUGGCAGAUGGACCAUCCUCCUCACUCACCAUCGGAACAGACAACGUAGCCCUGGGAUCGUACAACAUGGAGGUCGUCAUCUAUCACUGCAGGGGAAAAGACAAGUUCAUCCCCCUCGGCUAUGCUUCCACAGUCUUCACCAUCACAGACCAAGUUCCAUUCAGUGUAUCGCUAGCUCAAGUCAAUGAUGUGAAUCAAGACGACCAGAACUUCAUCCAGAAUCAGGCCAUUGCUUUUACCGUCGCACUCCAUGAUCCCAGCCAGUACCUGAACACUGCAGACAUCAGCUUCAGUUGGGACUUUGGUGACAACAGUGGAACGCUGAUCUCUAGAGAGCGCUCAGUCACACACACCUACCUCACGGUAGGAACCUAUAAACCUCAAGUGGUCCUGAUGGCAACAAUCCCUAAUCAAUGUGGAAACCCAACUGCUGUUGUUCCAAUGGACGCCUCUGCGGCUCCCGCUGUUGUGGUCAUGGCGUCCACCCCUGCAGCCGUCCCAGUUGAGGGAGGGGAUGCAAUUGCACUGGAUGUCCCUGCGUCUGAAGCCACUCUGCUCGCUGCUUCUGUACAACCUGCCGCAGACACGGUGGACGAAGUGCCAGUCGUUGACACCGACACUGGCACCGUGGAGGUUGCCACGGUGGUUCCCGCAGUGGUGGAUGCCGCAGCUGUUCCGGCAGAGCAAGAUCCCGCCGGCACUCCUGCUCCUGCUGCCGCAGAAGAAGAUGCUGUGGCCACUGUUGCCCCGGUCGCACCGGCUGAGGCUGAGGAGCCGGCAGAUGCUGAGACAGCUGCUGAGGACAACACAGCUGUGGUGGCAGAUGCGGCUGCCUCAGCUGCUCCGGUCCCAGUGGGAGAGGCGGUGGCAGUUGAAGGCGCAGUCCCUGUGACCGCUGCCCCUGAGGCAGACGCGGCCGCAGAGGAGGAAGCUGCCGUGACGGCCGCUGUCCAGGCUGCUGACGAUACAGCAGCUGCCACAGAGGAGGUCGCAGCUGCAACUGAAGCACCAGCCGAUAACGUUGUGGCCCUUGCUGCCACAGAGGCCACGGCCGUAGAGGCGGCAGCACCAGCUGCCACUGCUGCAGAGACGGAGGCCGAAGUGCUUGAUGCUGAAAAUGUGGUCGCAGCCACUGUGGCCGCCACAGCUGGAGAUGAAGAGGCUGCUCCGGCCGAAGGUGAAGUUCAGACUGAAGUGGAAGCUGACCCUGCACAGGUUGCCCUUGUCGUGGCCAAAAGACAAGCGCCAGAGCUGACCGCCGACUGCAUGAUCUACCGCUAUGGCUCCCUCGCUACAUCUGUAGAUGUCGUGCAGGGUAUUGAAAGUGUACAGAUUGUUCAGGUGUCCAAUGUGGUGUCGAUGGCGACUGAGUUGGAUCAGAAUGCUGUGGAUGUCACCAUUUCCUGUCAAGGAAGCCUGCCGAGCCAGGUCUGCACUGUGAUCUCUGAUGCUGACUGUAUCACACCGGUCCAAACCAUCUGUAAUGCAGCUGUGCCCUCACCAGACUGUCAGAUGAUCCUCCGUCAGUUCUUCAACGACACAGGGGUGUUCUGUCUCAACGUGUCGCUGACGAAUGACGUCAGUCUUGCUGUGACAAGUGCUAGAGUCAAUGUAGCUGUAGCUUCUGGGGAUUCCCCAGCUGGAACUGCUGCCACUGUUCUGGGCGUCAUGGUUCUUGCCUGCGUCGUCUGCUGUAUGGGUUUGAUGUACAGGCGCUUCAAGCAGUACCAGCCCCUGAGAGAGGAGCAUGAGGCUGGGAGCAGCUUUGGAGUGACAUCAGUACCUUUGCUACUGUGGAACCUGCUGAGUCGACAGUCACCUGGAGAAAGUCGACCAUUACUUCAAGGAAGGAUUGUGUGAAACCUCAAUACAUUUAUGCACUCAACAUGCCCAAGAUCCACUAAGAUUUUGGCUUUGUAAGCGUAACAGCACCUGUCCUGAUAAUGUUACUCCCUGCAAAGAAACCAGGCAGUUAUGUUGAGUGAACCAGACCUGUGUAAAACACAAAUUUGUAAGAAUACAGGAGUUUUUCCCAACAAGUUAUAUUUAUUUUGUCCUAUAACAUCCUUAAAAUUGGUUAUGAUCAGUCAUAGGAACCAUAACAUAUCUUAUUUCUGGAAUACUUAAAUAUUAAAUUUCCUAACUAAUAAUUUGAGUUCAGUUUCUUUACAGUCAUUAUGAUCAAAUUUAUCACUGAACGUUAUCAUGUUUUCUACACUGAAAUGAAUAAAGUGGU